AUGUCAAAAAAUUUAUUUGAGCGGAUAGUCGGUGAUUUGGAGGCUAGGUACCCAUAUUUUCAGAUGAGAUAUGACCGUGAUGGGAGAAUAGGGUUUGCCGGGGUACAAAAGUGUACAUCUGCAAUUCGUCAAUUGGCAUACGACGUUAGUAGUGAUUUUCUUGACGAGUAUUUGCAGAUGUCUGAACGAACAUCAAAGGAAUCUUGCCUACAAUUUUGUGUUGCUUCGUUUUGGGCAAACGGAAACCAUUACGAGAAGGGAUACUAUUUGGGCGAUGGCAUCUAUCCCGAAUAUGCUACAUUUGUGAAGACCUUUUCCAACCCGAUUGAUGAAAAAAGAAGACAUUUUAAGAAGAAACAAUAG